UCUCAUCUCUCACACUCUCUUCUUCCUCUCGAUUUUGAGUGCAAAAAACCCUAAUCUAUCACUCUCCACUCUCUUCUUCCUCUCAAUCGGAUCCAAAUCCUACCAUUUGCAUCUAUCCCCGAAACCAAAAUCUAAUUAAACCCAAAUCCUAUCCUUCGCAUCUAUCCCCGACUCUCAUCUCUCACACUCACAAGAUGCCUAAUCGAGGAAGAAAGAGGAAGGUUGCUCCUACUGCUUCUCAGAGAGUCGGAGUGUCAACACCAAAUCAACUGCCGCACACUCUUCCCAGACAGUACAACUUCACACCGGCGGUCCAAGCUUCUCCGACACUGCAGACUCCUGAACUAGAAGUCCCCGUUUUGCAACGACAGUCAACAACUUUUUCAGAACUCCUACACUCACCCACCGCAACCUCAAGUACACCCGACCCCUUCAGAAGAAGCCCACUACAAUCCUUCGCAUCCUGCAACUCUUCAGGUUGACCAUCCGCCUUCUCCAGUUCAAGUCUCUCAGACUCGCAGUCAUCCUUCGCAUCCAUCGUCUCAAGGCAAUAAUUUCCAAGAUGAAUCUCCUCCGGUGUUGCCGGAACUCCAGGAGGACAUGUUGUGGGAUGUAAAUGUGUUGCUUGUGGUGCCAAAUAGGGAUAAGUUCACCACUAUCCUCUCUCACAUUCCCCUACCAAACACCCAAUGGUAUGAUUUCAUUGGUUUGUUAUUAGGUUUUAUGUCUCAUUUGAUAUUAGUGUUUAGGUCUUGUCUAUUUCGGUAUUAUAUCCUGUUUCGUAUUAUAUCCUUUGGAUUGUAAACAAUAUGAAUGUUUAGGUCUGUCUAUUUUGGUAAACAAAAUACGAAACACUAUUUUGGUCUUGUCAUUUGGCUUAUGAUAUUAGUUUGGUAUUAGGGGUUACGUCUCAUUUGAUAUUAGUGUUUAGGUCUCGUCUUAUUUCAUAUUAGUGUUUAACUUGUCUAUUUUGGUAUUAUAUCCUGUUUCGUAUCUAAUCCUUUGGUAUUAUAUCCUUUGGCUUGUAAUCAAUAUGAAUGUUUAUGUCUUCUCUAUUUUGGUAUUAUAUCCUUUGGUUUUGUUAUUUUGAGUGUCUCCGAUUAUUGCAGAACUUAUAUACAUGUUUUAUUGGUUCAUGUGUAUGGAGGUUUGAUCGUGACAAAGGAUCUAAAACUUGUUCGGAAGAUAACUAAAGUUCUUAUAAAUAAAUUCGAAGCUCCUUACUACACCUGGACAUGUGUGCCUCGGGAGAAACAGGAGAGAUACUUCCUUGAGUUCGCGAAAACCCACACCUGGGAUCCUUUGAUAACUGGGACUGUUCAAGCUAAUUUCCAGGCCAUCUGUCAAAAUUGGCUCAAAGACAUGGUUGGAAAUACUCUCUGGAAGACAAUGAAAGAUUACUGGGACACUGAAGAAGCAAAACAUAUUCUGAUGCCCGUAUGUCUGACCGUAAUGGCUUCGGUCCUCAUGUCCACCUCUCAAGGCCAAAGUCGUAUCGACAGAUUCAAGACAAAAUUGAAGAGGAAUUGGGAAGAGAGGUACGUAUUGGUGAGGUUUUCAUCAAGGCAAAUACAAAGCCUGAUGGGACAUAUGUUGAUCGGAAGGCGGAGAAGAUAGCAGAAACAUAUGAGAAGAAUGUGCAAGAGAGGUUGUCUCAGCUCGAGGAAGAUCCUUCUGUUGUCUCAGAUGGUUAUUCACGGCCCCGGGAGCUCACAACAAAAGAAUAUACAGAAAUCUUUCUUCAGUCCAAUGAGAAGGAUUCAAGAGGAAAACCUUAUGGAGUUGGAAGCCUCCAUGACUGCCUUGUCAAUGGCAAGCAGAAGCAAGCAGGAGACUCUUCUACCUUUGUGGCUAUGCAAGAACGGUUGAAGGAAGCUCAACGCAUGAUAGAGGAGCAGGCUGCUCAUAUGUUGAGGCAUGAUGCAGAAAUUGCUCAGCAAUCAAACUUAUUGCUGGGCAGAAUGACAAGAUUGAGCAGUUCGACUUGGUGGAGCAGUUUCUGCGGGAAUGUGAUCCACGGUUCCAACAGUUCUUGAAAACCCAUUCAUCGAAAGAGACAACCACAAAGCCUGUUCAACAAGAAGAUCCAACUUCAACUCCAUAGGUUUCUCUAUGUCUUACUUAAUUAACUCUUUUUUUGAUGAACUCAAUGACAACUUUAAGUUUAUGUUGUACUUUUUUUGGAAACUAUAAUAACUUCUUCAAGUACAAUGUGUGA